CCCUUUCUUUGUGUCAAAAUGUUUUCCGAUUCAUUCAGGUAGAUUAGUAGGUUCUAGUUUAGUAUUUAGUUUCCUAUGAUAUCUUCAACUAGUUUGAUGUCUGGAAAUAUGUCUCUAAAACUCGUACUUUGUAUAACUUUUAUGUUGACUUUUCAGUUUAGCAAUUCCGAGUUCUACGAGCCGUGCACCCAUACAAAUGGAAUAGAUGAAGAUGAAGCUGAAGCGGCUGUUGGGGACUGGCCUCAAAACCUAAAUUUGACCAGCGUAAAUAGGGGCCACAAGUGUUAUGUGAUCUGCAUUUUGCAAUAUUUCAACAUUGUAUCCGCCUCUGGCGAAAUAACUUUGGACCAGUACUACGAUACUGGGGUUAUCGAUGAGUUUGCGGUGGCACCGAAAAUCAAUCUAUGCCGAUAUAGGUUUAGAAAAGAAAAGGAUUUUUGUGAGCGAGUAUUCGCUGUAUUCGAUUGUUUAAGGCAAGACUUAUUAAUAAACUCAUAA